AUGGCGGAACCUGCUGGUAUGUUUGUUUUGGGCAGCUUUUUGAACGCUACUAAAAAUAUAGCAACUAUAAAUUAUGCAUGUAUUUAUAACUAGCUAUUAGUAUAAUAUACUGUAUAUUUGCAUCGCUGAAUCUUGAAUAUUUAUAAAGGAUAUUAUAGUAAACCCCACUAGUACAUGGCAAGGACUUUAGAUUAUGCCGGGAAUUGUAUCAUGAUAUCUUAUCAACCGAAGAUUUAGACUUUUAGUGUGGUGUACACUGGGCAGGAGAUGGUGGCCAAAGUCAGAAAUGUUGACUAUACAUGGGCAAGAAAAUUAAACUACAUCGAUCUCUCAAUUUUAGUUGCCUCCAAAUUUAUAUUUGCCUCCAAAAUAUAAGACUACUACAAAGAAUGAAAGGACAUUUUCAAAUUAAUAUCUUAUAUAUAACCCUUUUUCAGAUAUUAAGAAACCAUUUGGUCAGAAAGAACCCCCACUAACUGAUCAAAUUGUAAAUAUAUUGGGUCGUUAUCCUGAUGGAGGGCAGAUUUUGAAGGUAAUUUAAAAUGCAGUAUUACUCUGGCGUGAAGCAAUAAUAUUCGCAAUGCACCCUAACGAGAAAGUGCAAUCUCAUUGGUGCCUAUGAUUUUGGCAUAACUCAGUUGCAAUGCUAUGGGGCUUUGGUGGCCAAGUGGUUAGCGCAUUUGCCUUUUAACUCUGAGGCCGCAGGUUCAAGCCUCAGUGAGUACUUUCUCAAUGCGACUCGAAACCCAGUCCUCAUGUGAAACGAGUAAAAGUCAACGCUCUGCCGAAAGUUGUGGGUUUUCCUCGGGUACUCCGGUUUCCUCCCAUAGGGGAAGUUCACAGGGUGGGUUAAUAGGUGAAAGGGCCCACAGUAAUUGGCAUAUAUGCUGUUGUGGUGACCCUGCCCUAGUUGGCAAAGCUAAAUAAAUAAAUAAAUGCUGUAACCAUGAGAGGCAUUCACCCCCCUGAAAAUAUUCAAAAUGGUGGAUGUUCGGGGGUUAAAACGUCUUGUAAGCGCACUGGCUAGGCAGAGGUGCCGGAGAAUUGAUAAUAGCGGGGGCAGAUAUACAUAUAUUCCUGUUCACAGACUGUAAAAACAAUCGAUUUCAAAAGAAAUUAAUUGGGCAGAACACAAAUAUAUGAAUAUCUGCCCCCAAUUAUCGAUAUUCCGGCGCCUCUGUGGCUAGGAACAUGAUGAGUGCAUUUUGAUGACAAAUCAUUGUGAAUUGGUUAUGCUUUUUUUGCCGAGUCAGACGUUGUGAGUGUCUAUUAUGCAAUGCAGUCCUUGUAAUUUGCCUCGGCACUCGAUUGCCCAGGACAAGGUAAUUCUACCAUGAGUUAUAGACAUUAUUAGUCUUUUGAAAAGACUAAUAAUGUCUAUAAACUCUUUUGAAUAGUUAAUUAUAUCACCGAAAGCCUUUCUGAAGACUCUAGAAAUAAUAAUAACUGUACUUGACAAAGUUACAUUACAACAAUUUUUAAACUACAGUGCAUGUGAAAUAGAUAUUUUCAGUUAACACAUUAAGUGCCAGCGCUCUCCCCUUGACGAGUAAAAUUGUCUGGCGUUAGACAGUAAAAUACUAAAGUAGGGUGCAUCAGGGUGCAACGCGACUCAAUGGGUUAACUAGACACAUGGGCAGAUAGGUCAGUUAACCCAUUAAGCGCCAGCGUUCUCCCCUUGACGAGUAAAAUCGUCUGGUGUUAGACAGAGUAAAAUACUAAAGUAGGGUGCAUCAGGGUGCAAUGCGACUCAAUGGGUUAAUGUAAACAAGAACACAAAAGUCAACAUAUUGACUUUGAAUCACCUUCUUGUGUAUUAGUGUUUGAUAAUUAAGGUUAAUUUGUCCAUCCCAGCCUAGCAAAUCAAAAUUUAUACAAUAUAGCUUGGAGUAAUAAUCUUGAAUUGUGUCUGUAAUUUUAUUGGCAGGCAAUGUAUUGUUUUCCGGGUCAUAACAUGAAAUAUAAUAGCUAAUUCGCAUGGCAGUGGCAGAUUUUUGAUAGAAUAUUUUUGGAAUUUUAGAAUAUUGCACAGUUUAAUAGGUGUGCUUGAAUUUGUCCAGUUUCAUGUGUCCUGUAUGUAUGGGAAUUGAAUACAGUCCUGAAUCAUGGCUGCCAAGUCUCACGAGUAAACGGUUUACCCGUGAGUCUCCAGAUUUUUGCGCUGACCUCCAGGUCUCACGAUGGGUCUUGAAAAUCUCACAGAAUGCUAUUAAAAUGGUCCUUUAUGCAUGGAUUCUGCAUCUAUGCUCUGAAAAAAAAAAUUUGCAAAAAUACCGUCUGUUCUUUUUGAAAGAAAAUCUGUACGUAUUUGUAAAAUGACACGCAUAUAUGGCAAUUUGGUACCCUAAGCAUGCCCAGUCAACAAUAAUAUAAAGUCAACAAUUUAUAAAUAAUUUGAUUAAAAUUUUUCAGUAUUAAAAUAUUGUCUGUGCUACUCUGUAAUAAAUAACAUUGAUAUCACUAUUAUCACAUAUAUCGCUGUCAGGGGGAGGGGGGUUACGAACUACGUACUAAAGGCCCCAACAACCUCCAGGUUUUUAAUCAGGCAGCUCUGCUGAAUAUAUCUGUCCAUUGCCAUAUGUGAAUGGGGCCUCUGCGUAGUCUUAUUUUCACUGCACUCAAUAUAUUAUUUGACUUUUGAUCAAAAGGAAUUAAUUCAGAACGCUGAUGAUGCAGGAGCCAAAGAAGUGAAGUUUCUCUAUGAUGGUCGAUCAUUUGGCAAGAAAUAUCUUGCUACUGAGCACCUGCAAAAGUAUCAAGGACCUGCACUCUACACAUUUAAUGACGCCAUCUUUAAACCUGAAGAUUGGGAAGGAAUCCAGAAUCUAAUGCGAAGUAAUAAAAAAUCUGACUUACUCAAAGUUGGCAGAUUUGGAAUUGGCUUUAAUUCUGUCUACCACAUCACAG